GGAAACUGUAGACUGAUCAGAUUAAGCACGGUGGGCGACAGGAGAGUUUAUAUAUUCCUUAGAGAGUGUAUAGUUUUUUAUAAUAAUUAAGUGUGUUGUCCAAUAGGAUAGAGUACAGUCUACAAUGGGAGCUUCGAAUCAUAAAUUUAAGACAGAUGGCAGUGCAAGCUUUCUGCGAGCAGCGAGAACCGGAAACAUUGAAAAACUUUUGGAAUACUUGAAAGGCAACAUAGACAUCAACACCAGCAAUAACAAUGGACUUAAUGCUUUGCAUCUUGCAUCGAAAGAAGGUCAUGAGACUGUUGUAGCAGAACUUCUAAAGAAUGGAGCGGACGUGAAUGCAGCAACAAAGAAAGGAAAUACAGCAUUACACAUAGCAGCUCUAGCUGGCCAAGAACCGGUGGUGAUGAUUCUACUACAGAAUGGCGCCAAAGUCAAUGUUCAGUCUCAGAACGGUUUCACUCCCUUGUAUAUGGCUGCCCAAGAAAAUCACGAUGACAUCCUUCGCCUCCUUCUCGAUAAUGGAGCGAAUCAAAGUAUUGCAACAGAGGAUGGCUUUACUCCAUUAGCAGUAGCACUACAGCAAGGCCACAACAAGGUGGUUUCUGUACUAUUGGAAAAUGAAACAAAAGGAAAAGUGCAACUAUCUGCUCUCCAUAUUGCUGCUAAGAAGGAUGACUGUAGAGCUGCAGCUUUAUUGCUACAGGAUGAUGACAAUCCAGAUGUUACUUCAGUGAGUGGUUUUACACCUCUUCACAUAACUGCACAUUAUGGAAAUGAAAAUAUGGCUUUAAUUUUACUGGAAAAAGGAGCAAAUGUAAACUUUCAUGCCAAACACCAGAUAACUCCUCUACAUGUUGCAGCAAAAUGGGGUAAAUUGAACAUGGUGACAUUACUUCUUGAUAAAGGGGCCAAACUUGAAGCUGUGACUAGAAAUGGUCUUGCACCUUUGCAUAUGGCUGCCCAAGGUGAUCAUGUAGACUGUGCUAGGAUCUUGCUCAACAACAAGGCACCAGUAGAUGAUGUAACUGUAGAUUCUCUCACAGCUUUACAUGUGUCAGCUCACUGUGGACACUUGAGGGUUGCAAAGUUAUUGCUUGACUGUGAAGCUGAUCCAAAUGCUAGAGCACUUAAUGGGUUUACACCUCUGCACAUUGCCUGUAAAAAGAAUCAGUUAAAGGUGGUAGAACUUCUUCUUGACUAUGGAGCAUCUAUUACAGUCACUACAGAGUCAGGUUUGACACCUCUGCAUGUAGCUUCAUUAAUGGGAUAUAUGAAUAUUGUCAUCUCUCUGAUUCAAAGUGAAACAAAUCCUGAUAUACAGACAGUACGAGGUGAAACACCACUUCACUUGGCUGUUCGUGCAAACCAAACUGGCAUCGUGCGUAUUUUGCUGCAUAAUGGGUCUGAAGCCAAUGCUCGUGCAAAGGAAGAGCAGACACCUUUACAUAUUGCUGCCAGACUUCAAAAUGCCAAUGUUAUUAGUCUUUUAAUUCAGCAUGGUGCCGAAAUUGAUGCAACAACUAAAGAAAUGUACACUGCCCUUCAUAUUGCUGCUAAAGAAGGCCAGGAAGAAGUAGCAUCUGUUCUUAUAGAACAUGGAGCCUCUCUCAGUGUUGCCACAAAGAAAGGGUUUAUUCCUCUGCAUUUGGCAGCCAAGUAUGGUAACGUCAAAGUAGCACGUCUUCUACUACAGAAAAAUUCUCCCGUUGAUGCUCAAGACAAUAAUGGUUUGACACCUCUUCAUAUUGCAGUUCAUUAUGAUUAUGUAAACAUGGCACUAUUGCUAUUAGAAAAGGGGGCAUCACCCCAUUCCACAGCCAAAAAUGGUUUUACUCCUCUACAUGUAGCAACUAAAAAGAGUCAAAUGGAUAUUGCUACCACACUCUUGGAAUAUGGAGCAAAAGUUAAUGUUGAAUCUAAGGCUGGAUUCACACCUCUACACUUGGCAGCUCAAAGUGGUCAUACAGACAUGGUCACGCUACUGAUAGAACAUCAGGCUGAUGUUAAUGCAGCAGCAAAGAAUGGACUAAUGCCUCUCCAUCUUUGUGCCCAAGAAGAUCAUGUUAAAGUGGCUACUAUUCUUGUUCGAAAUGGAGCUGACAUUGAUCCUCAGACAAAGGCCGGCUAUACUCCACUGCAUGUUGCCUCACACUUUGGUCAGGUGCACAUGGUACAGUUCCUGUUACAACAUUCUGCCAUCAGCAACUCGACCACAGCGCAUGGAUAUACUCCUCUCCAUCAAGCAGCCCAGCAGGGACAUACAUUUAUCAUCACCCUGCUAUUAGAAUACAAGGCCUCACCCAAUACUGUUACCAAUCUAGGACAAACACCUUUAUCCAUUGCCCAGCAAUUAGGCUAUGUUUCCGUGGUGGAAAUCUUAAAAUCCAUAACAGACGUUGAUAUUUUACCUAUCAUUACAAUGGUAACUGAGGAAAAAUAUACAGCUGUCUCUCCAGAAAUCAUGCAGGAGGCAUUAAUGAUUGACUCUGAAGAUGAAGAAGGGGAAGACUCUGUGGCAGGUGAUCAAUUCAUGAAAUGCAUUGCAUAUGAUGGCACAAAAAAUUUGAAUGAAAAUACUCACAUCAUCAAUGUUACCAAAGAUGAAAAACUUGCUGAAAGUAUGGCAUUAAGCCAACACAUUGAAGCACCAGUAACUGUUGAAAAAGAGCAUCUACCACCUCAAAUUACUAUUGCAAAUAAAAAACCAUAUGUUGUAGAAAAAUAUGUUCCUGAUGAUGUAAAUAUCUCGGAGACACCAGUGUAUUCUGGCAAGCUUGAGUGGAAAAUAUUUUUGGUUAGUUUUAUGGUUGAUGCUCGAGGAGGAGCAAUGCGUGGUUGUCGACAUUCAGGGGUGAGAAUUAUAAUUCCACCCCAAAAAGCCCUUAUGCCAAUACGCAUUACUUGCCGAUACUUAGAAAAAGAUAAUCUUGUCCACCCACCUCCUCUUAUGGAAGGCGAAGCUUUGGCUUCUAGAAUUCUUGAAGUUGGACCAUCUGGUACAAAAUUUCAAGGACCUGUGAUACUCGAGAUACCUCAUUUUGCUUCCCUGCAUGAAAAAGAGCGAGAAAUUACCAUAUUAAGGAGCAACUCAGGAGAGACCUGGAAGGAGCAUGUUCCUCCACCAGAUGUUAAUGUAUAUGAUGUCUUAAAUGGGUGUAUUGAAGAAGAUGAGUUAAGUGCCUUAGAAGACUUGAGCGCCAACAGAAUCACACGUAUUGUAACAACAGAUUUCCCACAAUAUUUUGCCAUUAUUACACGUUUCAGACGAGAGAUCCAUGCUCUUGAUUCAAAGGGAGGAAUGCUAACUUCAACAGUUCUACCACAAGUUCAAGCUAUGUUCCCAGAGGGUGCUCUCACCAAAACCAUCCAAGUUGGUCUUCAGGUACAACCUAUACCACUAGAUUUAGUCCCAAAGAUGAUGCGAUAUGGUGUGGUAGCUAGUCCCAUUGUUACUAUUGAGCCUCGUCGUCGUAAGUUUCAUAAGCCUAUUACAUUGACUAUUCCACUGCCACAAGCUGCUACUAAUGACAUACUAGACCAAAAAAAUAGGUAUCCAUCAUCACUGAGGUUGUUAUGCAGCAUAACAGGUAGUACCAAGUCAUUUUUCUCUCUCUCCUUUGGCCAUUAUUUGACUUUAGUCCUUUUUAUUUUACUGUAUAACUUCCUACACAAAAAAUACUUAUCAGCAAGAUUUUGGCUCCUGGAUUAUAGGCAAAGUAAUUCAGCAUCAAAAUAUGCCAGUGAACUUUAUCGAGAAGUCAUUAGUGUGCCUUUCAUGGCCAAGGUUGCUGUCUUUACUAAACAGUCUGAGCUACAAGUAUUCUGUAUAACAGACGACAAGGAGGAGAAUGCCUUAGAAAUCCAUAAGCAUUAUAUACAGACAACAGAGUGUAAAGAUGUUGAAGUUUUGGAAGGGAAGCCUUAUUACUUAGAAUUUUUUGGAAAUCUGGUUCCUGUGACAAAUUUUGAAGAACAACUCUGUCUUACAUUUCAAGCUUUCAGGGAGAACAAACUCUCAUUUUUUGUACGUGCAAAGGAUUCUCUACAAGAUGCUACUGGUAGAAUUGUUUUCAUGCGGGAGCCCAAAUCAGGUCAUGAACAUUUAUCUCAGACUCCAGUAUGUGAUUUAUACAUUACACUGCCUGAUGUAAGCAAGGUUGACGUAGAGGAAGUCAAUGAUAUUCUCACAUUGAAGAGAAACUGUGAUCCACAAGAAUUAGAAUGGUCAGAAACAGAUAAGUGUGAGUUAGAUGGUGAUAUCAUUCAGAACAACUCAUCUACCUCUACACUAACAGAUCAGGGAGCAGAUGGAACUCUACUUGACUCUUCUGAUGAAGUGGAUCACACUGACAGUAAAGAGGUUGAGUCUAGAUCCUCUAGUUGUAGGGAGAGUAGUCAGACGACCUCAACAGCACCUCCUCUUGUUGGUAAGCUUCAGAUGCUAGAAAAUGGUGCUGAAAGAGAAGCUGGUCUGUUGCAAAGCACGUGUAAACUACAGGAUCAAGAGUGAAGAUGAACUUCUCCAGUUAUUCACCCACAACCCUGUUAUGGACAGGGAAUUGUUCUCAUAAUAACAGUAUUGUUUACAAAUAUCACAUUUAUAAACAGAAGGGUUUAACAACAGUAAUAACCUCUUGCAGCCCUCUCCCUAUGUGUGCUGGGUUUAUAGAAUUUUAGAGUCUCUGGUUUAUAACCUAAUUAGAGCAUUAUAAUCUGAAGUUAUUGUUACAAAAUAACUUGAACCUAAGUGCAUGGAAUGUGUAUCAAGUAAAAUUCUAAGAUAAAAAAUUUUAUUCAUGUCCAUGAGUUAGUGCUUAAAAUUAAAAUAAGAAUAUU